GUGGACACUGAAAUGUAAACACCUUGCUAGAGGCUGUAUUUUGUUGCUUUCUUUCAUAAUAUACAGAUAUAGACACCAUAGUUACAGGUUUUAGUGUGUUUGCUGUGGCCGUAGUCUUGGCAGAAUCAUGUUUACGUCACAAACGUCGUCCUUCGUCCAGGAUUCAAUCGAUGUGGAGGAGAGAGACGAUUUUGAUAAUGAAGACAUUCCUGCAUACAGUCAGAAGAUCCAGUUGAACUGCUAUUAUACCAUCUACCUUUAUCAAGGCACAAGAUCUGAGACUACUGGGGAAAAUGUGGCAUGGAACCAACGAAGAGCAGAUUCUACAACAAGUCAGGAGGACUUUAGUUUGACACUUAUAGACAGCAGCCUGCCAGUAGAGGCAGAACCAGAGCUAAGGACCUACAUUUCAAGGAGGCUGAGCAAAGGAGCUCUACUUGGAGGGAUGGGAAACAUUGCCACAGUAGAGCUUAGUAUUCCUGAGCAGGCAGUGGGCUGCUACUGCUGUCUCCUGGAGCAGGAAAGAUCUCCUGAACAGCCCGAUUCUGAUGGCAAUGGAUACGUCAUCUGCUUUAUGGGUGGCUCUGAGAAGGGGCUUAACCUAUUUAGAUUAGAGCUGGAUAAAUAUGUCCAGGGCUUACACAGCAGUCUGCAAACCCCAGUGCUGAACAAUCUUGAGACAGAGGUGCGACCCUAUCUGAGCCGUUGGUACGAAGAAUCUGUAAUGCACAUUUACCGUGUUGUGCAGUUGGUCCAGAAUAACAUAAGCUUCUUACUACAUGCAGCUUUGAGUCAUACACCUGUAGAAGUAAUAAAUUCAGAUGAGCGGACAAAGGCGGAUGUAUCCAGGUUCAUCAAAGCUGCCAGUUUACAGGGCUUAUCUCAACAAGACACUACUGCAGCGUCUUUAUGUAAAGCCAUGUCUGAGGAUAUGCACACAGACCUCAUCAUAGACUGUGCUACCAGCCCCCCCACCUUGAGCAACUCGGUCACCAAUCGGUUCUGUGACGACUGGAUUCAGGCCUUUCUAAAUGCGGCAGAGCGCUGUAACCCUUUCCUGCUACGACAAAUUUUAGAAAACUUCAAAUUAAAGGCCAUCCAGGACAUGAACAGUCUGAAGAGGUUUGUGCGUCAGGCGGAGAUGAGCCACUAUGCGCUGUUCCGCUGCUGUCAGUUCCUGCAGAGCUGUGGGAACGGCGACGUGCUGUUGCAGAACGCCCGCUCCGAGCACAGUGACAGCACCGAGGCCUGCAGCAUCAUCAGUGUCCUGGAGGAGGUCAUUAGAGAGCAGGCCUAAUAAGCACCACAGGGCUCUAACAAUCAGCCAGACUUAAAUGUGUGUUCUGAAACUUUGAAGGGUGAAGGGUUUGCUUCCUGCUUGUCUUCAUGGAAAUACUUUGCUUAGAAAGUUCCAUAGUAUGACACUGAGCAUAUUUAUUUUGCACUUUAAAGGCAUGCUAUGUAACUUUUCUCGAGGAUACAGCACCAUCUUGUCUCCAUGGAGAUGUGAUUUUUUUUGCUGGAAUUUUCCACAGUUUGAUUAAAUAUAUUUAGUAUCUUGCUUUUAUUCAAUUUCAGGUGUUUAUAUUGCUUAAAAAUACCCUGAAAACAUGCACACUUACAGUGAGCAGGGUCUCCUCUCCACAGAGCUGAGUUGUAACUUGGUCUGGUGGCACCACCUGCUCAACUUCAUGGAGGUAGAUUAAUUUAAUAUCAUACUGUGAAAAAUUCCAGAUAAAUCAAUAAUAUCUCCAUGGCAACAAGCCAGUGACGGACUCGCCACCAGAAAAGUUUCAUAGUGCAACUUUUAAUUAUUGAACAGAGUGUGGCGGUUAGCAUACCAUUAAUAUUUACGUUUUAGGGUUUUCUCUACAAAUGAUUCCUUUACAGUUUUGGUUUUGUGGUUUUAGAAAAAAAUGCAUAAUUUUAUGUAAAUGUGCAAUUCAGACACUAAUCACUACAACAUCUGACCAGAGUGCUCCUCAACUGCCCUUAAAUGAUUACACUAUAUAUUCACUCAUAAUAACACUGCACCUGUAACAAUAAACAGGUGUGUAUAUUCUUACUGUUAAAUGUGAUUUUGAACCAGUUAAGGAGGUUAGCAAACUUUAAAAAAUAAUGACGACUAAUAGUGAGCCUCAAAAAUAUUGUUCAUCUUUGUUUGUUGAACAAUAAGUUGAUAUAGUAAUUAGUAAUAGUAUUAUUAGAAGUAGUCAUUGUCAGAGGUAAAUAACACAAUUGAUACUUUGCAGUGACAUCACACUGGGGGUGUUCUACUUGUAUGCCUAUGGCAGAAUGUUCGGCAGUUACCAUGGUGACACAAUGCACACUGCCAAAAAUGUUCUAAAUCAGUCUGAAAACACAAGAAGAAAAUAAAAAAAAAAUCUUUCUGGUCAAAUUGUUAAACAAAGUUCAGAUUAAAGUUGAACUUGAGUAUCAGAGCUUCAGACAGAGCAGAGCCUACAGUUAGCAUCACACUUCCAAGGAAUUUUGAUGACAUGAGCUGCAACUGAUCAAUACGGUUAAUAUUCUGGACAAUUAAUACAAGUUUCCUCAAAUACCUAGUGUCUUUAUUCACACGUGGGUCAGUGACAUUUAACAGACUUUUACAUGUGUGUACAGAUAUAUACAUAAUUUUAUUAGUAGGCACAGUUUUAUAGUGCUUAUCAUUUUGAGUGCACAAAUCACUUUUAUCCCUUGCUUGUUAACUUAUGUCUCUUAAAAAACAAAAACAAAACACUACUUAACUGGAAUAUGCAUAUAAUAUAACCAUGAAAUGUGUUGUAAUAAAUAGAUUGUCCUCCUUGUAUAAUGUUUUUAAAAGUUUUUUUUUUUUUUUUUUUUUAGCACAUGUCAUUCUCAAAGCUCAUACCAGUUUGAGACUUAAACUGAACAACUGUGCUAUUAUCUUUUAUCAAGUUUGGAGAAAAUACUAAUGCAAAGAUGUCAAUAUAUAUACUUAAAUAUUUAAAAAGUUGUAUUUAGUAUUACAUUGCAUAACUGUCUCUCUUAAAGAAAACCUUACAUUUUUAUUUAAAAGUCAUUCCAGUCCAAAGUGAAAGAGCAAUAAAAGGGUUGUUGCAAAUGUUUUAACUGUGAACAAACCUGACCUGUAAAUGCAAACUGUGGUGUCUGUAUUUUUGUGGUGGUUAUAAUGGCUGCAUGGUUAUGGUCUUGACUAUAAUGUCCUUAAAUAUUGUUACCUGACGCAUUGUGCAUCUAAUAAAU